UGAGAACGCGAGUCCACGCGGGUCUGCUGCUGUGCGCGUCCCAUCCUCCCCCACGCAGCUUUCAGUCAUGGCCUCCGGCAACGCGCACAUUGGCAAGCCCGCCCCGGACUUCCAGGCCACCGCGGUGGUGGACGGCGCCUUCCAGGAGGUGAAACUCUCCGACUACAGAGGGAAGUACGUUGUCCUCUUCUUCUACCCGCUGGACUUCACCUUCGUGUGCCCCACCGAGAUCAUCGCCUUCAGCGAGCACGCCGCGGACUUCCGCAAGCUGGGCUGCGAGGUGCUGGGGGUCUCCGUGGACUCGCAGUUCACCCACCUGGCUUGGAUUAACACCCCCCGGAAGGAGGGUGGCUUGGGCCCCCUGAACAUCCCCCUGCUGGCUGUCUUUGGAAAGCAUCUGUGCUGGCCCAGGAAAGGCCACGCUUGCCCCUUCAAAUUCCUCAGUCCUGACCCUGAAGGGCCAGGCCAAGGCCUUCUUAUAUUCCUAGCUGAGUGGUGA